AUGAACUACUCCAUGGUAAGCUGCUCAAAGAAUUCAGAAUAUGGUGAUCCUCGUAACAUCCGGAAGAAUAUUACUGCAGAGGACGUGUGCGAGUUUCCAAACAAAGAUUGGAGUGAUGAGGAAAGAAAUGCAGCUAUCAAAUAUCAUAAUGAUUUAAGAGAAAAAAUUGCUAAUGUGUGCGAUGAAAAGCAGUUUCCAAACGACGAGUUGAGUGAUGAGGAAAGAAAUGCAGCUAUCAAAUAUCAUAAUGAUUUAAGAGAAAAAAUUGCUAAUGGUAAUGCCAACAACUACGUAGGAAAACUGACUUCAGCAAAAAAUAUGUAUAUGCUUAAAUACGACUGCAAUAUGGAAAAAAAGCUGCAGGAAGUAUUAAAGAAGGGUGAAUCAACCAUCACUUUCCACAAUGGCUAUGGACAGAAUAUUGCAAAGUUCCCCAAAACGGAAUUUUCAAACAUUACUUCAACUGACCAAGUAAAGAUUGCCCUGGAGUCUUGGUAUAAUCCUGUGCUGUACUACGGUCUUAAAAAUGCCAAGAAUACAUACAACGAUGCUCGCCUUUAUACCUUUGCCAACGUGAGUCCAACUACAAACGAAAGACACUAA